AUGGUAUUUCAGAAGGAGGGAGAUCACAUCCCUGAAGAGGAAGACCACUCUGCCAAGCAAGAGGAGGACAAGGCUUUAGCUGCAGCAGAGACUGCUGUUUAUGUGGAGAAAACAAAGAUAAACAGAGAAACUUCUGUUGUAGCUGUAGUGGCAAGGGUGAACUCUGAUAGCCUGGAAGAGAAAUAUGUCACUAUCCAGCCAUACGCCAGCCAGGGGAAGGAUGAGAUCGGGUUUGAAAAAGGCGUCACCGUGGAGGUCAUCCAAAAGAACCUGGAAGGAUGGUGGUACAUAAGGUAUCUAGGCAAAGAGGGCUGGGCCCCAGCUUCAUAUCUGAAGAAGGCUAAAGAUGAUCUUCCGUCUAGGAAGAAGAACUUAACUGGGCCAGUGGAAAUCAUUGGAAACAUCAUGGAGAUCAGUAACCUGCUGAACAAGAAAUCAUCCACUGACAAGGAAACUCAAGCAGAAAACGAGACUGCAGAAACUCAUAUCACCAAGAAGGAAAUCAGUUUGCCCAUCCUGUGCAAUGACUCUAAUGGCAAUGCCAUGAUGACCCCAGACAAGCAGGCUUCCAAACUGGCCCAGGGAUCCCCAGCCAUAGCAAGGAUAGCACCACAAAGAGCUCAAAUAAGUUCUCCAAAUCUAAGAACAAGGCCACCUCCACGAAGAGAAUCCAGUCUGGGUUUUCAGUUGCCCAAACCACCAGAGCCACCCUCCGUGGAAGUGGAAUACUACACCAUUGCAGAGUUCCAGUCGUGUAUCUCUGAUGGCAUAAGCUUUCGUGGAGGACAAAAAGCAGAGGUUAUAGAAAAGAAUUCUGGUGGCUGGUGGUACGUGCAGAUUGGAGAGAAGGAAGGAUGGGCUCCAGCGUCUUACAUUGACAAGAGGAAGAAGCCGAAUUUAAACAGGAGAACCAGUACUUUAACCCGCCCCAAAGUUCCUCCCCCAGCACCUCCCAGUAAACCCAAAGACUCUGAAGAAGGAACAACUCCUGGAACGGUUUCUUCAGGAGAUACCCAGGACUCUCCCCACAAGCUGAAAUACGAAGAACCUGAGUAUGAUGUGCCUGCCUUUGGCUUUGACUCGGAGUGUGAAGUGAGUGAAAGUCAUCGUGAAGAGGGAACUCCUGAAAAACGACUGUUUCAGCCCCUCAAGCCCUCUUCUGUCUCAUCACUUCAGAAAACAAAAUUCAAAGUAGGAGAGUCUUCAGAAGAUGUUGCUCACGAAGAAGAGACCAUCUAUGAGAAUGAGGGAUUCAGGCGUUAUGUGGAAGAUACUUUUUCCAAUAAAGAAUCUAGUGGAGACUCCGAUUCUCAGAAAAGCUCCUCUCUCUCCUUAAUCCGAAGGAAUUCUCCAUGUUCCAGCUCUCCUAAAUCAUCACUUGUGAAGCUCAAGAUGGACAAAAACAUCCAGCCCGAUCUUGGAAAAUGUCACUAUUCCAGGAAUGAGGAGACAAAACCAAGGUCAGCUUCAGAUGUUGGCUUACGUAGUGUGCCAAGAAUAGGCAUGAAGAAAGAGCCUGGGCAGAGUCCCUCUAUUAGAGCAAAGCCAAUUGUUAGGCCCAAACCCUUCCUGAACAAGGCAGAAUCUCAGAGCCAAGAAAAGAUGGAUAUCAGCACUUUAAGGCGUCAGCUGAGGCCAACUGGGCAACUCAGAGGUGGACUUAAAGGUUCAAGAAGUGAAGAGUCUGAGAGUCCCCCACACACAGCUUCUGAGAGCCAAGAUGAUCCUGUUAGGAGGAGCUCGGCUGAUCUCAUUACAGCUCCUUCCCGUGGCAUUUUCUGCUCUAGUCAUCCAGCCAAAACUGAGCAAGAAAAUGACUCCAGAUGUUUCUAUGUGACCACUGACUCAUACCAAAAGGUACAGGAUUCUGAAAUUUGCUUCCCAGCAGGAGUAGAAGUGGAAGUUCUGGAAAAGCAAGCUAGUGGGUGGUGGUACCUGAAAUACGGAGAAGCGGAAGGCUGGGCUCCUUCCCAUUAUUUGGCCCUCCCUGAUAACCAGCGAGAAACCACAUCAGCAGAGACCGAUGCCUCAUUUGCCAGGAACAGGAAAAAUGAAAACAAGUCAAACAGUUUAGAGAAGAUAGAGAAGAGGGUUCGGGCUUUGAACACCAUCAACCAGAGCAAACGCGCAACACCACCCAUCCCAAGCAAACCACCUGGUGGUUUUUCAAAACCAUCAGGGCCAGUCAAAAUGAGGAAUGGUGUGAGGCAACUUGCCGUCCGACCACAGUCAGUGUUUGUGUCUGCACCACCAAAGGAUAACAACCUGUCAUGCUCUUUGCGCAGAAAUGAGUCUUUAACAACUACAGAUCAUCUUAGAACCGUCCGUCGGAAUUCCUCCUUCAGCAAUGCGUGGUCACAGCCUGGUGAUGCGAAGGGAAAGCAGCCUGAGCGGUCGGGUACAGAGGGCUCAGAGACCACCUCCAACCUCCCAACCCAGAGGAAUGGGAUUCCUGUGUCCACAGUCAGGCCAAAGCCUAUUGAGAAAUCCCAGUUUAUCCACAACAAUCUCAAGGACAUCUAUGUUUCCAUUGCAGACUAUGAAGGGGAUGAGGAGACUGCAGGGUUUCAGGAAGGUGUCUGCAUGGAAGUCCUCGAAAGGAACCCAAAUGGCUGGUGGUACUGCCAGAUCAUGAAUGGUGUGAAGCCAUUUAAAGGCUGGGUGCCCUCAAAUUACUUGGAGAAAAAGAACUAAUAUUGCGAUAUGUUUAACCUCCCUAAUUUAUACUGUUCUUGCUGUGUACAUGUGGAAAAAACAAUUGCUACACAAAAAGACGUUUUCCUAUGCUCAGUUAGUACAAAGGGACAAAGGAGUCUAUGCUGAGGACAAAUCUACCAUGUUCUGGAGAGGUUUGUGAGGUUAACAUGUCGUAAGGAACUAUAAGGAAGAUGCAGCAUAGUCAAAUGCCUUUUUGUGAAGUUGUUAAUAAUCUUGUAUGUGUAACAGGGUAUGACAUCCCAUCUUUCCCAUUAUUGAUAGAAAACCAAAUGUGUGCCUUUUGUGAGAGAGAAAUACACAUGCAUCUACUUGGGGAGUUUUGUGCCAAACUCUGUUUUACAAUCUUGGCUCCCUUUCUCCUCGUUCUUGUCCGUAUGUGGAAUACCCAAGAGUUUUGGAUGCAUUUCCACAACUUACAGUGAGAAGCAAAUGGAAGUUUCAGGAACACAGAGGGACUCUAAUCC